AUGAAACAGCCGGAGGAUGCUCCUUCAGUGAGUACAGCUGACGAGAAGGAGCCCACAGAAAGUGCCGGAGAAGACAAGAUUUCUGAAGAGUCCGGUUUCGUGAAGCCCGUUUUGCAUAAGAAAAGAACAGCUGACGAUGCUGGCGAAGGACCUGAUACAAAGAAGGCACCUGAGCGUAAGCUGAAAUUCGAGUCCACUUAUUUGAGAUCUAUCCCGUCAGCAAGCCAAUACGAGAAAUCAUUUAUGCAUCGCGAUGUUAUAACCCAUGUUAUCGCCACAGAGACUGAUUUUAUUAUAACUGCUAGUUGUGAUGGCCAUUUAAAGUUCUGGAAGAAAAAGUAUGCCGAAGGGAUCGAGUUUGUCAAGCAUUUCCGUUGUCAUUUAGCUUCGUUCUCUGAUUUGACCGUCAACUUUAAUGGAACGCUACUAGCCACGGUAUGCCAGCAGGAUAAAAAUGUGAAGGUUUUCGACGUAGAAAACUUUGAUAUGAUCAAUAUCCUCAAAUUUGACUUCGCGCCCAGACGAGCUUGUUGGGUACAUCAAGGCGCUGAUGCGGUCAACUAUCUAGCUGUUUGUGACAGUACGUCCGGCAAAAUAGUUAUUGUGGAUGGUAAGGGAACAAGUACAGCUCUGGUCACUCUAGAGAAGCAUCAUUACGUCCCUGUUCGACUGAUCGAAUACAAUCAUGCGACUGAUAUAGUAAUCUCCAUAGACGAUUCUGGAAUGAUAGAAUAUUGGAGUGGAGCGAAAAGGGAAUUCAAGUUUGCCGAAAAUGUGAAGUUCAAGUAUAAGACCGAGACGGAUUUGUAUGAGUUCAUGAAGGCCAAAACUGUUCCUGUUUCUUUGGCAAUCAAUCCAAAAGGAACCAUGUUUGCCACAUUUGGAGAGGAUCGGCGGAUACGAAUUUUCUCCUUGCUCACAGGGAAGCUGCUAAAGACUUUAGAUGAGACAUUGAACAAAUACCUCACGGAGGUUAAGGAACAACGUUCUUAUGGUCUCCAAAAUAUGGAAUGGAAUCGGCGUGUAGCCUUAGAAAAAGAGAUGGAUAAAGACCGAGCGAACGCUUUCAAAAAUGUCAAGCUGUGUUGGGACUAUUCAGGAUACUUUGUGCUGUUUCCAUCUCCAAUUGGGAUUAAGGUUUACAACGUUUAUACCGAUUGCGUAGUACGUGAAAUUGGAAAAGAGGAAACCAUGCGAUUUGUAGCUGUUUCGCUUUGCAGGUCAGUGCCGGACAUUCGAGCUCGGUUACAAGGAGCUGCGGCAACAAUUGAAACUGAAGCGGCAGAUAAUCCAAAUUUGAAUAGAAUUACCGAUCCCGAUCCGAUCAUGGUGUGCUGUGCCCUCAAGAAGAAUCGUUUUUACUUGUUCACGAAUUCGGAGCCCUUCUCAACUGAUGAAUCUGAUGAAUCAGCAGUUAGUCGAGAUGUAUUCAAUGAACGGCCACGAAAGGAAGACCAGUUGACUGCUGUUGAGCAAGAAGGUGAUAUUGUACAUACAACUGAAGAAGCAGUAAUUCACACGACAAUGGGAGAUAUCCGAAUUCGUCUAUUCCCGAAUGAAUGCCCUCGAACUGUUGAGAAUUUCAGUACUCAUGCAAGAAGAGGAUAUUAUAAUGGGUUAACGUUCCACAGAGUGAUUAAGUCCUUUAUGAUACAGACUGGUGAUCCAACUGGUAAGGGUACAGGAGGGCAGUCAAUAUGGGGAGCGGAUUUCGAAGACGAAUUCCAUCCUCGACUCAGGCACGACAAACCGUUCAAGGUGUCCAUGGCAAACGCUGGUCCAAAUUCAAAUGGUUCUCAAUUCUUCAUCACAGUUUGUCCAGCGGAAUGGUUGGAUGGAAAGAAUACCAUAUUCGGAGAGGUAUGGCUGAUUAACCCAUUGAAGAAA